CAGACCAGACCGGGUUUCAUUGCUUUUGCCUUUCGACUGCUUCUUCAAUCCAACAUUUUCGAAGAAACCCCACCAAAACCCUCUCUCUCUCUGCCAUGGAUUUUCAGGUGGUGGUCUUGGCAGGAGGCACCUCAAAGAAUCUCGUUCCUCUUGUCUCAAAGGAGGUUCCGAAAGCGCUGCUUCCGGUGGCGAAUCGGCCGGUUCUCUCCUACGUUCUGGAGCUCUUGGAACUCAAUAAUCUCAAGGAUCUCAUUGUUGUAGUUGAAGGUGAAGAUGCAGCCCUUCGAGUUGGCGGUUGGAUAUCUGGAGCUUAUGUUGAUCGUUUACAUGUUGAGGUUGCUGCAGUCCCAGAGGAUGUUGGAACAGCUGGUGCACUUCGGGCAAUUGCACACCACCUGACAGCAAAUGAUAUUUUGGUUGUGAGUGGUGAUAUUGUUUCUGAUGUUCCUCCUGGUGCAGUGGCUGCUGCUCAUAGACGCAAUGAUGCAGUUGUAACUGCAAUGCUUUGCUCCACUCCUAUUAGUGGACCUCUAGAGUCGGGAUCUUCUGGAGGAAAGGACAAAACUAAGAAACCUGGACGUGUCAAUCUGAUUGGGUUGGACCCAACAAAACAGUUUUUACUCUACAUAGCAACAGGGGCAGAACUUGAGAAGGAUAUUCGAAUCCAAAAGAGCAUACUUCGUGCAGUGGGACAGAUGGAAAUUCAAUCAGAUCUGAUGGAUGCUCAUUUAUAUGCAUUUAAGAGGUCUGUUCUACAGGAAGUUCUAGAUCAAAAGGAGGCAUUUCAUAGUUUAAAGCAAGAUGUAUUACCUUAUCUUGUUCGGAGCCAGCUGAGAUCAGAGGUAUUGUUAAAUGGUGUACCACAACCAGAAGAAAAUGGAAAUGAGAAGGUUGGUUACCAGAAUAAUCAACUGGUUCAGUCUCAGAUCCUGGCUAAUGCAUCAAAGCCAAGCUUUCACCAACUUUAUGCUUUAGGUCCUAAUGGCUCUUCCCCUGUCAGAAGGACUCAUAAAUGUUGUGUUUACAUUGCUGACAGCAGCAAGUAUUGUGCAAGAUUGAAUUCCAUACAAGCAUUCAGUGACAUUAAUCGAGAUGUCAUAGGAGAAAAGAUUCAUCUGUCUGGGUAUUCCUUGUCUGCCCAUCAUAACAUAAUACAUCCUUCAGCAGAGCUUGGAUCUAAAACAACCGUGGGACCACAAUGUAUGCUAGGGGAAGGUUCACAAAUGGGUGACAAGUGCAGUGUUAAAAGAUCUGUUAUUGGCCGUCACUGUCGGAUAGGCUCUAAUGUAAAGGUUGUUAACUCAAUAGUUAUGAAUCAUGUUACAAUCGGGGAUGGCUGUUCAAUUCAAGGUUCGGUGAUAUGCAGCAAUGUACAACUCCAAGAGCGCGUCACACUAAAAGAUUGCCAAGUUGGUGCAGGCUUUGUGGUCAGUGCUGGCAGUGAGUUCAAAGCAGAAGCCUUGGCUAAGAAAGAGAAGUGAAAAAAUCAGUGAGCCCAUGUCUGAAAACAAAACGGCAUUCUCAUUAUUGUCUUGUGCUCGCGAUUAUUAUGGUCGGAGAAUUUUUUGGUGAUUGCUGGCAGAGAGCACAAGGGACAUUCUGAUAUGCUUGUGCAAGGUCCAAGAAGGCUUGUCUUGAUGAGCAUUUCUUUGAUUUUGGUUCAGCCGCACUUGCAAUGGUUUAGGGUUUGUGAGAGUUCAAAGAGUGUAGCAUCAGCUUCAUCACACAGUUUAAUUGUUUGCAGUUCUUCUCUCAUAAUGUUGUUGCAUAGAAAACAUUUCCUAUUCUGGUCCUUGAAUGACAGUUUGAUAUGAUCUGAAUUUUGCUUGUACAAUUCAGCUGGAAGUUAAUGUGAUUCUUCCUAAACCUAUGCUCUAAUAGUAAAAUUUCCACAGGUUGUAUCAAACUAAA